AUGAAAGACAUUGCAAUCGUCAAAUUCACUCGAGUCCUAGGCCAUCCUGACUUUCAACUGAGGAUGAUUUCCGACAAAGGCAAGUAUGAAGUCCACCUCUCCUGCGGUUAUUCAUUUCCAAAGCAGCUCGCCGGCCCUGACCACACUGAAUGCCUAUUUUGGCUAUCCUACAUUUACGGCGGAGAAUCAAUCAAGCUGGAAGACUCCUACUGGACAGAUUUCGACGUUGGCCCAACUCCUCAUGUGUUUUGCGAGAAAGACGAGCAUCAACUCACUCGGAUCGACGAGCUCGUCAACGUAAGAAGAAUGGUGAUGCUGCAACGACCAAAUGACACCCCUUUUACUAUUGGCACGGACACAGCUACGAAGGUGAUGUACAAGCUUUUCUUCAGUGGUCCUCAUGUUACAAUUCGCAACGCCUACUGUCAUGUUCUUCUCACUCCAAUCAAUGAAGAUGUCUUUACUUUUGACUUGGAAAAAGCGGAGGCGAUGGUCGAAAGUCGACGAUCAUCCAACGAAUUGCUAAAAAGGAUGAAUGCAGAGCAAGAAGACGAUUGUAACGACGAAUAA